AUGGGUCGCGAACUCCAAAAGAAGAAGCGCAGAUCGGGUCGCCAACCCAUCCGCCAGUCAAACAGGACCAAGAAGAUCCUCAACCCCCGCGGCAACGACGCCAUCGCAAAGAACUGGAACAAGAAUGAGACUCUGGCACAAAACUACCGACGUCUUGGUCUUCUAGCCCGUCUCAAGGCCCCCACCGGCGGCACGGAGAAGCUCCUCGGCGCCACGACGACUCGCACCUCUUCCAAAGACCCCUUCGGCAUCGCAACCGUUGAGAACGCCAUCGUCUCCGAGGCACGAGUCGAGCGCGACGCCGACGGAAAGAUUGUUCGAAUCCUGGGUCAGGCGAAGCCUAACCCUCUCCACGAUCCUCUGAACGACCUCGACCGCGACAGCGACGACGAGGAGCCUGCUGAGGAGUGGGGUGGCAUUGAGGACGAUGCUGAUGCUACCGACGUUGUCAAGUCUCUGAUUGAGGAGAGCAGGGCCCCCGUGGAGAAGAAGCCUCGACAUCAGAGCAGUCGUGAGAAGGAGUGGCUGGACAAACUGGUGGCCAAGUACGGCGACGACACGGCUGCCAUGGCCAAGGACCGAAAAUUGAACCCCAUGCAGCAGACGGCGGCCGAUAUCGCCAAGCGAAUCCGCAAGUUGAACAAGGCAUAG